ACCGAAUUGUUGCCACAGAAGCAGUGGUGAUGCCUGGCUUCAUUCAUCUCAGCCCCGCGAGUCCAGAGGAAGCCCAGUGUCUGCCAUCCUGACCAAACGUGCUCAUUGCUCAACAGACACCGACCAAAAGGACGCGCUGAUGAAAGGCAGGAACAGGGUGUGCAUUUGCAGAAGCGCAGGAAAGGGAAGUUCUUGCUGCAGACCCCACAGCCCAAGUCAGAGGCAGAGGGAGAACCGGACAGCUCGGGGCAGCCCUGGGCCCUGCUGCUGCCUCCGGCCCCCGGGUCUGGGACACGGCGCUCUCUGGAUGGGGAUUUGGCAGGAGGUGGAGGCCGGAGGGCAGACCCUCGGAGGGGAUGUGGGGAGGCUCAGAGGUGGCCUCAGAGGUGCUCAGAGACGGCCACGCCCUCGGCCGCAUCCUCUAGGGAGAGCGGAGUCCGGAGUCCGGCUGAGGAGGAACCCCCGCUGAGCAACUCGGAGCCUGGGCCUCGGUCACACACUCUGCCUCUCUCUGUCCCGCUGCCUCUGAGGACUGGGCGAGUCACCUCAACGGCUGGGGACCAUGGGAGGCGGCAGCACAACCCAGAGCCUCAUGGCCCUUCUCUGCCUCGGGCUGUGCUGGCGCCCAUGGGACCAGGUCCAGGCAGGGGUCCUUCCCAAACCCUCCAUCCGGGCUGACCCAGGACCCAUUGUCCCCAAGGGGAGCCCUGUGACCCUCUGGUGUCAGGGGUCCCCGCAGGCUGAGGUCUACCGUCUGUAUAAAGUGGGGGACUCUGGACUCUGGGAGGAUGAAGCCACACAGGACUCCAGGAACACAGCCCGGUUCCACUUUGAAUCCUUGAGCUCCCGCCAUGCAGGGCAGUACCAGUGUGCUUAUCGCAGCAUGAAGGGCUGCUCACGGCAGAGUGACCCCCUGGCCCUCGUGGUGACAGGUGUGUACAGGGAGCCCUCCCUCUCGGCCCAGCCGGGCUCCCUCGUGCUCCUCGGAGACAGACUGACCCUCCAGUGUCGCUCAGACGCCGGCUUUGGCAGACUCGCUCUGACCAAGGAUGAGGGAAGCACACCUCCCCUCCGGCUUGAUGGCCAGCACAGCCCCGACUUCCCCCUGGGUCGUGUGAGCCACACCCGAGGGGGCCGGUACAGGUGCUACGCUGCACACAACAUCUCCGAUGCGUGGUCAGCCCCCAGUGCCCCCCUGGACGUCCUGAUCGUGGGAAUGUACCAGAAACCCUCCCUCUCAGCCCAUCCAGGGACCUCAGUGUCCUGGGGAAAGAACGUGACCCUGCAGUGUCGCUCUGAGAUCGUGUUGGACACCUUCCACUUGUUCAAGGAGGGGUCGCUGGCUCCUGCCCAGAGCCUGCGUCUGCAGGACACAACUGCACCCCUUCAGGCCAACUUCACCUUGAGUCCUAUGACCUCAGCCCACCAUGGGACCUACAGGUGCUAUGGCUCACAGAGCACCUCCCCCUACGUGCUGUCAAACCCCAGUGACCCCCUGCAGCUCUUGAUCUCAGGACCAGCAGACACCAUCCACCCAUCACAAAACCACACAGAUCCCAGGAAUGCCUCUCCCCCACAAGACUACACAGUGGGGAACAUCAUCCGGAUGGCCGUGGCUGGCCUGAUCCUGCUGGGCCUCGGGAUUCUGCUCUUCCAGCCUCGACACGGCCAUGGAGGAACCCAAGACGCGGCCAGGAGCUGAGCACAGAGGCAAAAGGGCACCAUCCAGAGUGGCAGAGCCCAGGCAAUGACCCGAUGGGCCCAGCAGGUUCUGGAAGAGAAUCUGCAGUGAUGUGAGAACUGCCUGCUGAGACCAUGGAGAGAGAGACGGGGUGUGGGUGCAGGCGGAGGACUGGGGAGUCCCCGUGCAGGGCUCUGCCUCUGUUACACCGAGGUGCUCUCCUCCUCCACAGAUGCCUCUCCCUGACGGCCUGUCCUCUCUCACCUGGGACAUGAGGCACAGCCCACAUGGCAGGUGUGUCCCCACACCUGACACACCUGCAUGCUCUGGCCCAAUUUCAUGGGGGAUAUUUGUCCUUUAAUUUAAUUCCACAUUCUCUCAUGUGUACUACUGACCUCCACCUCUGCAGCCAGAAGCAAAAGAUGGUUUAAAGAACUGAACAAGAGGGGGAAAAAAAGAGUGAGAGAGA